AUGUCACAUACACAGGAAAACUCCGUACCUCUUGGGACAUAUGUUUUCAACCGGCUUAAGCAACUCGGCAUUGCCUCUAUCUUUGGUGUUCCAGGCGACUACAAUCUCCGACUACUUGAUUUCAUCGAGCCAGCUGGCUUACAUUGGGUUGGAAAUUGCAAUGAGCUAAAUGCAGCUUAUGCUGCUGAUGGAUACUGUAGGAUCCAUGGCCUCGGAGCUGUUGUUACAACCUUUGGCGUGGGCGAACUGUCAGCUAUCAAUGGUAUCGCAGGUGCUUACGCUGAGAGGGCCCCGGUAAUACACAUCGUCGGGACACCAUCACGCAACAUUCAAACUUCUCGAACACUUGUGCAUCAUACUUUCAUCGAUGGAGAGUAUCAACGCUUUGCGUCUAUGGCAGCUCAAGUUACAGCUGCUCAAGUUAACUUGACAGACGCUAAUACAGCUCCUGAUCAGGUUGACUGGAUUAUAGAACAGGCUUUGAUUAGGCAACGACCAGUAUACCUCCAAAUACCUCAAGAUAUGGCCGAUGCGCUAGUAUCAGUCACCAACCUGCGUUCCAAGCCUAUUAUUAGUCUUCCGGUGUCCAGUACACCUACACAAAUCGACAUGAAACAUGUGAAUUCAAUCUUGGAUUGUCUGUAUUCAGCGAAAAGGCCAUUGAUCUUGAUCGAUGGCGAGAGCAGGAACCUUGGGGCCGUUGACGAAAUCAAUCAACUCGUUGAAAUCACAGGUUGGCCGACCUGGACUUCAGCAUUUGGCAAGGGCCUUGUCAAUGAAGAGUUGCCAAACUUCCAUGGGGUUUACCUCGCAGGCUAUGGCGAUGAGCCCUCCUCGAAGUAUUUCAAGACUUCGGACCUUGUUAUCUUUCUUGGGCCGCAUUUGAGUAAUAUCAACACUCACAUCUUUACGGCCAUUCCGGAGGAAUCUCGCACAAUUUCCUUCUCCCCAGAUAAGAUCAAAAUCUUUGGCACAACCGUACGGGAUAUAUCGCCUCGCCAAAUAAUUAAACAACUCAUCGACAUGAUUGAUCCCUCCCGACUUGUGGAAGCAAAUGGCCCGAACGUGUUGACGAGGUCAACACCCACACCCCCACCAUCGGAAGGCCUUUGCCAGGAUCUUUUCUACCCUUAUAUAAACCCAAUGUUUCGUCGCGGGGAUAUCGUUCUUACAGAAACAGGAACCGCUUCUGAGGGUGGCCAAGUCUUUAAGCUUCCAAAACAUUGCCGUUUUUUUACGGCAGUUACAUGGUUAUCAAUCGGCUAUAUGCUCCCUGCUACACUUGGGGCUGCACUCGCCCAGCGAGACAGAGCCAAGGUCAGGGACGAAAAGAAUACCGGCCGAGCUAUCCUUUUCAUCGGUGACGGAAGCUUCCAGAUGACAGCUCAGGAAUUAAGCACAAUGAUAAAAGAGAACCUUAAUAUCAUUGUCAUCCUCAUCAAUAACAACGGGUAUACUAUCGAGAGGGUUAUACACGGAAGAAAUGCCGGUUACAACAGCGUCUCACAAUGGAACCACAAGUAUGCUCUGGGGCUCUUUGGGUUGAGUGAAGAUGAGUGUUCAAAACGGUAUUUCUCAGCAAGAACAUGGGGUGAGCUAGAGAUGGCUCUUAGUUCGAAGAGUAUACAACAUGAUGAUGGCAUUAAGUUUAUUGAGGUCUUUAUGGGACAGGAGGACUGUACAGGAGAGCUAAAGGAUCUACUGGCAGAGCAAAUCGCGCGGGAGAGUAAAUGUAACUAG